AUGGAGGCUGGGGUUACUCUGCCGGUCAACUGCUACAAGGAGGUGCACGCCGACCGCGAGGUCUAUCGACUGCGCAGUUUUAUAUCUACCAGUAUGCAACAAAUGAAGAAGAUCGUGUUUGACUCAGAUGGGUCCAUCUAUGAAGCCGAAUCACUCAUCACCUAUCUGGAACGCUUCUCAAAAGUCUACACCGAGGAUCCGGCGGAGAAACUGGCUGAAUUUCUCAAGUCCAACCCCACAAUUAUCGUUGUUGGCGCCCUAUACAUCGUGUUGGACGAGUUCAAGAGCAAAAUAAAGUCUAUCCUUGGUGAUCUGAAAAAGGCUUAUGUCGACGCCUACGUUGGACUGUUUCUCACACCACUCGACAACCUCGAAGCUCAGAUUGAUGAGUGGGAUAGAAACCUGUCGAAACAUGUGGGCAACCUGGAUGAUAUUGCCUUCAUCAUGGACACCCUCCGUGACAUCCGGGAGAAGGAUAUUGACUUAGACCGAUCUCUCAUUCAUUGCGAGGACGCCAACGGACUUGUGGUUAAGUACAAUGUACCCUACCCGAAAGAGACAAGCGACCGGGUCGAGGCCGUCCGAUAUGCCUACCUGCGCAUAAAAGAAAAAGAGCUGCAGCAGUUGGAUCACAUUCUUAGCGUACAGGGUGGCUAUAAAGACGGUCUGCUGGACAGCAUCGAUAAACUUCGGGGCUCAGCUGCCGAAUUUGAGGCCGAAUAUGACGAGAAAGGUCCUAUGGUGCCGGGCUUGCAGCCCCAGGUUGCGCUGGACAGACAGAUCCAAUUCAAGAACCGGCAUGACAAUCUCUCUCGAAAACUGCUUACAGCCUCCAAGGGCGAGGAGCUCUUUGGUCUACCCGUCUCCGAUUAUUCUCGAGUUGUACAGAUUGGCAGAGAACUGGAUCUCCUCCAGCGACUGUAUGGUCUGUACAAUGAAGCUCUGAAGACUUGGCCGGCGUACACAGAUCUCGAAAAGACUAUUAACGACUUUAACGAGAAGGUUCCCCUGCUGGAGAUGAUGACCAACAAGGCCAUGAAGCCGCGACAUUGGCAACGCCUGGCAGAUUUGGUCCACUACAACUUCGAUGUGGAGUCGGAGAGUUUCACACUGAAAACCAUGCUGGACGCGCCUCUGCUGGAUGCGAAGGAUGACGUCGAAGACAUCUGCAUUUCAGCCGUCCGUGAGAAGGACAUUGAGGCGAAGUUGGCGGUUGUCAUGAGCGACUGGACCAAUCAGGAGCUAAAGCUAGGGCCUUUUAAGACGCGUGGAGAACUGCUCUUAAAGGGCGACAGAGUUGCGGAACUGGUGCCGAUGCUGGAAGACUCCUUGAUGGUGCUCGGCUCAUAUAAUGUGCCGUUCAAGAAACCGAUCUCCGAAUGGGUGCAAAAGCUUAGCACUACCAGCGAGGUGCUGGAGACGUGGAUGCGAGUGCAGAACCUCUGGGUCUACCUGGAAGCAGUCUUUGUCGGCGGUGACAUUGCCAAACAACUGCCGGCCGAGGCCAAACGCUUCCAGACCGUCGACAAGACCUGGGUGAAGGUGAUGGAACGGGCUAGAGACAACCCGAAUGUCGUCUCCUGUUGCGCCGGUGAUGGGGCUCUGGCUGAACUCCUGCCGCGACUGCUAGGACAGUUGGAACUCUGUCAGAAGUCACUGUCUGGUUAUCUGGAGAAGAAGCGUCUCAAGUUUCCGCGUUUCUUUUUCGUCUCCGACCCCAUGUUCAAGCCGGUGCGGUGUGAAGGCCAAGUCGAGACUUGGCUGACACUGCUCUAUGACAUAGCCCGUGUUUCACUGCAUCUGGAGAUUCAGAAGGCGAGUUUCCUUAUUUUGGAUCCAUCAUGCGACUUCAUCGAGUUCUUCGAAACCCAAUUGGCCCAAAUUGGCAUCUUGGGUUUGCAAAUUAUCUGGACAAACGACGCCACAGAGGCGUUGAAAGAGGCCAAAUCCGAGCCCAAGGCCAUGAGUAAGGCUAAUAAGCACUUUUUGGAUAUGCUAAAUUUGCUGAUUGGUGAAACGACCAAGGACCUGACACCCGUUAUGCGUACCAAGUUCGAGACCCUGAUUACAGUCCAGGUGCAUCAACGGGACAUCUUCGAUGAUCUGUGCAAACAAGGUAUAAAGUCGCCAUUGGACUUUGAAUGGACCAAGCAGACACGUGCGUACUUCAUCGAGGAGGUCGACAAGUGCGUCAUCUCCAUCACGGAUGUGGACUUCGCCUACCAAAACGAAUUCCUCGGCUGCACGGAGCGACUGGUCAUCACGCCGUUGACAGAUCGUUGCUACAUUACCCUGAGCCAGGCGUUGAAUAUGAAUCUGGGUGGUGCGCCUGCUGGUCCUGCAGGAACCGGGAAAACCGAGACUACAAAGGACAUGGGCAGAGCGCUGGGGAAGUAUGUCGUGGUCUUCAAUUGUUCAGAUCAGAUGGACUUCCGAGGCCUGGGUCGAAUCUACAAGGGUCUGGCACAGUCAGGCUCUUGGGGCUGCUUCGACGAGUUUAACCGUAUCGAACUACCCGUGUUGUCUGUCGCGGCCCAGCAGAUCGCCGUAAUUUUGGCCGCCAAGAGGGACGGUCUGGCCUACUUCGUUUUCACCGAUGGAGACACUGUGUCCAUGAACCCUGAGUUCGGCCUGUUCUUGACCAUGAAUCCUGGCUAUGCCGGUCGUCAGGAGCUGCCGGAGAACCUGAAGAUCAACUUCCGAAGCGUGGCUAUGAUGGUACCUGACCGACAGAUUAUCAUGCGUGUGAAGUUGGCCGCUUGCGGUUUCGUUGACAAUCAGAUCCUGGCGCGCAAGUUCUUCGUGCUUUAUAAGCUUUGCGAAGAACAGUUGACGAAACAGGUAAGUGUGUCGUGA